UUGUUCUUUUGGAUUCGUUGUAUACUUCGACGUAAGAAGAUUGAUUGCUGAUGAUACAUCGUUUCUUAAAAAGGAAUUUUUCAAAGAGAGAAAGAGAGAAACAGAAAGAGAAAGAGAGAGAGAGAGAAAGAGAAAGAAAAAGAGAGGGAGAAAGAGAGAGGGAGAAAGAGAGAGAGAGAGAGAGAGAGAGAGAGAGAGAGAGAGAGAGAGAAGGAAGAAACAGGAAAUCAAAAGCCAGGAGCUUAGAUCUUUGCAGACUUUCCUUCGCUCAACGAUCGUCAUCAUUAAUGUUUAAAUAAGAAGAAGAAGAAAUAGUAAAAAAGAAGAUGUAGAAAGAAGAUAUCGAAAACACUGUGAUUACGUUAUCAAAAAGGAAGAAAACAAAAAAAAAGAAUAAUAAUAAUAAUAAUAAUAAUAAUAAUAAUAAUAAUAAUAAUAAUAAUAAUAAUAAUAAUAAACGUAAUCGAAAUUUUACGAUUAUCGAGACGAGUGGGCGUGUGAGGGUGAUCCAGGAAUCAAUCGUAAAAGAUUAUCUAACGUAAUUAAAAAAAAAAAAAAAAAAAAAAACGGAACACAUACACACACACGCACACAGUGUGUUUUUCUACUUUUUGAAUGUGGAAUAUCUUGUCAUCGCCAUCUUCGUUUUCGUUUUCGUUUUCGUUUUCGUUAUCGUCUUCGACGUUGUUGUCGGGUGUCCUCUUCUAGUGUUGAAAAACGUCUAGUGUUCAAGGACGAGAUGACGCAAAAAUAAAUAAAUAAAUAAAUAAAUAAAUACAUAAAUAAACACAUAAAUAAAUAAAAACAUAAGUGUCAUUUUAAUUCUACGUACUUUAAUCUAAGAUAAAAUAAUAUGAACGUAAAGAGGAUUUCUUUAAUUAUUAAAAGAUAGAGAUAUUGAUGUGAGGAAUUUUUUUAUGCAAGAAGAUUAAAUUUUUUUUACUUCAGUAAGAAUCUGCGAUAAAAAAUAUUGUCUUACUCGUGCAUCAGCGCGCACGCAAGAGUGAGAAAGAGAGAAAGAGAGAGAGAGAGAGAGAGAGAGAGAGAGAGAAAUAGAUAGAGAGAAAUAGGAAUUAAAAAGAGAAAAAGAAAAUGGCUCCAGCGAGCACACUUGAUUGGUCGGAGCCGUGCCAACAGUGGAGGUAUCCGAAACUUUGUCCUUCCGGGCAGAGACACGAGAGGACGAAAAAUGGCGUAGAAUUGAACGGCAAGGAGGCCAAUGGCGCUUACAAAAAGUUCUGCAAGUUCUUACGUCAGCUGGGAAGCAAAAGACGCAAGGAUGGCAGCAAGGUGACGACAGUAGUGGCUACACCUGGUUCUGGACCGGAUCUUCCACGAGAAGUUGCAUAUACCGAUACCAAGGUUAUUGGCAAUGGCAGUUUCGGCGUUGUAUAUCAAGCGAAACUCUUUGACACGGGAGAGAUGGUCGCCAUUAAGAAGGUCCUCCAAGACAAACGAUUUAAGAACAGAGAAUUACAAAUAAUGCGGCGCCUCGAGCACUGCAACAUCGUCAAACUAAAAUAUUUCUUCUACUCUUGUGGUGAUAAGAACAUCUUAAACGCAACUAAUCCAGUUUUUCAUGUGGACAAGGACGAGGUUUAUCUCAAUCUAGUCCUGGAAUAUAUACCCGAAACCGUGUACAAAGUUGCCCGACAUUAUAGCAAAAGCAAGCAGACGAUACCAAUCAGUUUUAUCAAGCUAUACAUGUAUCAACUGUUCCGUUCUCUGGCGUACAUCCAUUCCCUGGGCAUUUGUCACAGGGAUAUUAAGCCGCAGAAUUUACUUUUGGAUCCUGAAACUGGUGUUCUCAAGCUUUGUGAUUUUGGUUCAGCCAAGCAUCUUGUCAAAGGGGAACCUAACGUGUCUUACAUAUGCAGUCGCUAUUAUCGUGCGCCUGAACUCAUCUUUGGUGCUAUUGACUACACUACAAAGAUCGACGUGUGGAGCGCAGGUUGCGUUCUGGCAGAGCUUCUGCUUGGUCAACCGAUAUUCCCCGGUGACAGCGGUGUAGAUCAACUUGUUGAAAUUAUCAAAGUACUUGGUACACCAACGCGUGAUCAAAUACGUGAGAUGAACCCUAACUAUACCGAAUUCAAAUUUCCACAAAUAAAAUCGCAUCCAUGGCAAAAGGUUUUCAGGGCGCGUACACCGCCGGAAGCUAUGGAACUGGUUGCGCGACUUUUAGAAUAUACUCCGUCACUUAGAAUGACCCCGCUUCAGGCAUGCGCACAUUCGUUUUUCAACGAGCUGCGAGAACAAGGAACACGAUUGCCAAAUGGUCGUGAACUACCACCAUUGUUCAACUUCACCGAGCACGAGCUUAGAAUUCAGCCUACCUUGAACUCGAUCCUAAUACCGAAGUACAUGCAGUCUCCUGACAAUCCCGGAGGCCAAUCGGAAGCGACGAGUGCUGCCGCGGCGGGGGCUAGCGAGGAGGAGAAGGACGUCAAGGAGGCAAAGGAAGAAGAGGAUCAGGAGCAGCAGGUGGUCGACGGCGAGUAAAAAGAAAAGAGAGAUAGAAUAAGAAAGAAAGAAAGAAAGAAAGUAAGAAAGAAAGAGAGAAAGAAAAAGAAUUGUAAAAAAAAAAAAAAAGAAAGAAAAAAAGGCCAAUUUUCCAAUGGAUCUCUUCUCGCGGCGGCAAAAUGAGUUAGACGAUAGUGAUCAUGAUGAUGAUGAUGAUGAGGAUGAUAGUAAUGAUGAUGAUGAUGAUGAUGAUGAUAAUGAUGAAUAUGAAGAUAAUGAUGAUGAUGAUAAUGAUGAUAAUGAUGUUGAUAAUGACGUUGAUGAUAAUGAUAAUGAUAAAAAUUAUGAUAACGAUUACGAUUAUGAGAAUGAUAACGAUCGUUGACGAUUGUGACGAUCGUAAUAACAUGAUGAAAUAGCAUUGAUAUUUGGCCGAGUAUGGAGUGAGUUUUUAAUGUUACUCGUGAAUGUACGAUAUUAGGGAAAAAUUGUUUAAUAUACAUAGCGACACGUAAAAUAAUAAUAAUAAUAAUAAUUAAAAAAAAAAAAUACAAAAAACAAAAAAAACAAAGAAUAUUUACUACGCAAUCGAAAAUAAUAAUAAUAAUAAAAAAUACAACAACAACAACAACAACAACAAACAAGGAUAAAUAAAUAAAUAAAUAAAUAAAUAAAUAAAUAAAUAAAUAAAUAAAUAAAAAAUAUGUAACAAAAAAGAGUAGUGCUAGUUACUACCGUGAAAAAAAAAAUAAAAAAAAAAUAAAAAAACAUUACACGGAACAUGCAGACAUACAGAUAGACGGAUAUA